AUGAGACCCGCUCUCCGCCUCCUGCAGGCCGCAAAAUCGGUGACUCCAACAAAACACACCCCUCGCCUGUUCGCCUUCCAUCCGACAGGUAUCGCAGGUCUUCCCACCCAUCCAACUCCCCGUCCAACCCUCUUAACCAUCUACAACCGCACACUCCAAAAACUCUCAGAAUUCCCCGAAGAAUCCGCCUAUCGUACUGCCACAGAAGCAAUCAUCAAGCACCGUAAACGUAUAGUCGAGGAGCAGAUCCCCGUAGGUUGGGAAGCCUAUCUCAAGGAGCGAGAGAGAAGGGGUAUCGAAUCGCCGCCAAAGUAUACCGAAGAGAUCGAGGAGCAGGUUCUACACCGUGAGGCGAUUCAAGCUUAUUGGGGAAAUUGGGAGGGUCAUCAAGACGAUGAUCAUGAACUAGUGGAGUUGGUAAAAUGGAGGAACGAUGAGAUUAAGGAGGCUAGAAUCGCACAUUGGGAGGAGGUUAACAAGAGAAAAGCACCAGAUUAUGAGGGCUUCAGGGGAGAACCCGAUAUUUCGGCCGAGCAGGUGGAAACUAUCGAGGAACAAAUCGGGAGCGGAUUGAUCGAGCAGGUUAUCGAGCAGGCUUAUGAUGAAUACAAAUUGGUUGAUGUGAUGGCAAAAACAAAGCCUUGGGAGCCACUUAUGGAAGAGCCGGUAGAGGGCCAGUGGAAGUACUUUGAGAGGGAGUAG